AUGACAGAGAAACUGCCCUACAAAGUCGCUGACAUCAGCCUGGCCUCCUGGGGACGUAAGGCCCUGGACAUUGCAGAGAACGAGAUGCCUGGACUGAUGCGCAUGCGUGAGAUGUACUCUGCCUCCAAGCCGCUGAGGGGCGCCCACAUUGCGGGGUGCCUGCACAUGACCGUGGAGACAGCUGUCCUUAUUGAGACCCUUGUCGCCCUGGGAGCUGAGGUGCAGUGGUCCAGCUGCAACAUCUUUUCCACCCAGGACCAUGCAGCAGCUGCCAUUGCCAAGGCUGGCAUUCCAGUGUGCGCCUGGAAGGGCGAAACCGACAAGGAGUACCUGUGGUGCCUCGAGCAAACGCUGUACUUCAAGGACGGGCCCCUCAACAUGAUCCUGGAUGAUGGCGGCGACCUCACCAACCUCAUUCACACCAAGUACCCACAGCUCUUGUCGGGCAUUCGGGGGAUCUCUGAGGAGACCACGACCGGGGUCCACAACCUGUACAAGAUGAAGGCCAAUGGGAUCCUGAAGGCACCUGCCAUCAACGUCAACGACUCUGUCACUAAGAGCAAGUUUGACAACCUCUACCGCUGCCAGGAGUCCCUCAUCGAUGGCAUCAAGCGGGCUACAGAUGUGAUGAUUGCCAGCAAAGUGGCCGUGGUCGCAGGCUAUGAUGACGUGGGCAAGGGCUGUGCCCAGGCCCUCAGAGGUUUCGGGGCGCGUGUCGGCAUCACUGAGAUUGACCCCAUCAACGCGCUGCAGGCUGCCAUGGAGGUCACCACCACGGACGAGGCCUGUCAGGAGGGCAACAUCUUUGUCACCACCACGGGCUGUGUGGACAUCAUCCUUGGCCGGCAUUUUGAGCAGAUGAAGGAUGAUGCCGUUGUGUGUAACAUCGGACACUUGGACGUGGAGAUUGAUGUCAAGCGGCUGAACGAGAACUCGGUGGAGAAGGUGAACAUAAAACCUCAGGUGCGCUGCUACCGGCUGAAGAACAGGCGCUGCAUCAUCCUCCUGGCUGAGGGCCGGCUGGUCAACUUGGGCUGCGCCCUGGGCCACCCCAGCUUCGUGAUGAGCAACUCCUUCACCAACCAGGUGCUGGCGCAGAUAGAAGUGUGGAUCCACCGGGACAAGGACCCCGUUGGAGUCCACUUCCUGCCCAAGAAGCUGGAUGAGGCAGUGGCUAAGGCCCACCUCGGGAAGCUGACCGUGAAGCUCACCAAGUUGAAGGGGAAGCAGACCCAGCACCUGGGCAUGCCGGUGGACGACCCUUCAAACGGGCCCCGGUUCUCCCCAAGAACACAUGGCAUUAAUUUGACUGGCUUGACAUUGGCUCCCGCUUUGUCCCCUCAGACGGUUCCUGGUGUGGCAAGGGGUAUUGAGAAACCCCUCUGA